CAAAUGUAAACAAAUAGAUAAUGGAUGAUUUGGAGCUGAUUAAACUGAUUGAAAACUUUCCCAUAUUGUACGACAAAGACAGCGCACGCAGCGCGAAGAAUGCGGCGAAUAAAGAUGCCGCUUGGAAACUGAUUUCUGAAAAAGUAGGCGCUAGUGAGCGCGCCUGCAUUACACGUUGGAAAAGCAUCAGAGAUCGGUUUGGCAAGGAGUUUCGCCGCUUCCAGGAGACUAAUAGCCCAACCUACUGGGAUAUGUUUCCGCGUUUGUUAUUUUUAAAGGAUCACUAUAAGCAUGGUUUGGUUAAACACAAAAGUUUGGAAGGAUUAAAAGUGGAACAGCGCGUACGCAAGCCCAGACGCACGCGCAAGGAAACGGGAGAGGAGCAGCAGCCGCUGGAUGAUAAAACAAAAGAACAGGAGCUGGAAGAGCAGGAGAGUGAUAUUCUGUUUUGCCAGGAGCUCAUAGAGCUAGUUAAGCAACAUACCGUGCUAUAUGAUAGGCAUCAGAUAAGGAAUUCCAAGAAUCUAGCAGCAAAGAACGAUGCCUGGUGUGCCAUCUCACAGAGUCUGCAUGUGUCUGAGGAAGUUUGCUACAAACGCUGGAAGCAGCUGAGAGAUCGUUUUGCGCGCGAGUAUCGCAACCAGCAACUGGACCAGAGCACGCCUAUAAGCUGGCGAUACUUUAAUGAUUUGCUCUUUCUGGGGCGACACUUUCGCAAGGGUGUGCCCUUGGUGUUGGAGCAUAUUAAGAAACGCGGGCGACCACCUAAAGCGCGAUCGGAGCAGGCGGAACAGACUACAGUUGUGCAGUUGGCACCAGGCGAGCAUAUCUGGGGUACAGACUAUCCCUAUAGCAAUGAUGAACUGGAUCAGGAGCUGGCCUAUGAUGAGACGCAGCAGAUUGAAGUCCUAACUGAAGCGGAGCAGCAGGAGCAUAUGGAUUUAGUGGAGUUGUCUAAUAGCUUGGAGCCUGAAGCAUCCAUAGGCGAAACAGUGGAUAGUUAUAAUGCCUCUGGCGAGGAAUUGCUUGCUGAUUCAUCCGCAGGCAUAUUGGAAGCAGACUCUGCGCCGCCCAGCGCUGAAAAUCUCAUUGGCACUGUCAUUAGCAAUAUGGAAACUGUGCUCCAACAGUCCAAGGAGUGCCUGCAGCUAAUGCAGCAAACCCAAACUAGUAAUGUGUCGCCCAACAACAGUUUGCUGAACAAAGUUCAAAUGCUGUUGGAUGGCUUAAGCCCGGAUCAGCGUGGCAAAGCCGAACGCAAGAUUGUUCACUUUCUAUGCGAGUGCCAAAUUAAAACGUUAGAUGGACAGGAAAUUGAGGAUGUUACACCUUGUCAUAUAUACUAAUAUAUCUAUUUGCAAAUAAGUUUAGUUAAUUAAUCGUUAAUAAUGUACUUUGAGCGCAUUUAAAUGUGCUAUCGAUAAAUUGUUAAUCACAAAGUUGAACCAAAUCGAAUCGUAAAAUAUUUAGCCGUUGGGAAUUCAA